AGAAGCAGAAGCGGAGCAAAAAGUGAGCGGAAGGUGGAAAUUUCCACAAAACAAAAAUAGCCAACAAAUUCGCACAGAAUGCACAAAAGUGCGCCACCUUGGCAUUGUAAUGCAACUUUAGCUGCCACGCAAGCAGCAGCUGCAGCAACAACCUCGCACGGAAGCUGUAAUGCUGGUAACCGAAUAGCGACAACAACAACAACAACAAAUCUGGUGAUAAGAUCCGAAAAGUGCGCAGCAUCUUUAUCAUCAACUGCUACAGCAGCAGCCACCCCCGCCUCCCACACUUCGCCCCGCAUACAAUGGCUACUGCUAAUCGUAGUGUUGACACUGCAAUUGCAGUUGCAACUGCCGCAUGCAACGGCAACGCACAUCAGCGGCGAAUUCCACACGGCGGACUUCUUUCAGUUCCUCGCAAAGUUCGGUUUCCAGAAGGCUGAUCCGCCCGCGCCGCGCAGCCUCCCAUCCUAUGGCUAUAUCUAUGGCAAUGUGACGUCACGGGACGUAUACAGUGCACCCGUCACGCUCGUCGUCCUCGACAAGUCGACGUUCGUCGACUUCUACAGCAAUCGUAGCUAUCGUGACCGGGAGAUUGCCUGUUCUCGUAUGUUCUCGCACCUGCAGCACAUCGUCUACGAUCCCGACUGCAAUCCCCAAGGCAAACGCGACUUUCUGCGUCGUGUGCCCUGCCCAGCGGGCCAGCUGUGCGUCGACGAGGAUGCGCCCUCGAAUGUUAUCGGCGGACAUCAGUUCACCUAUGUCAUUGACCUGGAGGGGGAGCCACGCUUCUGGUAUGUGGCACUGGUGGCCUGUUAUCGCAAUCGCAGCACCUGCGCCUGGCACGCCCACGAGCAGCUGGCACGGCUGAGCAAUCGGAGCAGCAGCCUGCUGGCCACGCUGCAGUAUGACAUCAAUCUGGUGAAUGUGCAUCCAAACAAUUCGGUGGCACAUCCGCUGACCUUUCAGUAUCCGUACGAUCAGCAAAAUCUGCUCGAAAUGUAUUUGAUUUUCAUGCUGGUCUACAUUGUGUUGCUGCCCAUGCAGAUCUAUGCGGUGCGUCACCAGAAGCAUCCAGUGACCAAACUAUUCACGCUCAGUCUGCUCAGUGAGUUUGUGAGUCUGGCUCUGAUCACAGCCCAUCUCAUCCGCUAUGCAGCGAAUGGUGAGGGUGAGCCGAAUAUGCAAGCUGCCGGUGAUGUGCUGGACAUACUCAGUCGCACCACAUUUAUGCUGAUCCUACUGCUGCUGGCCAAGGGUUGGGCAGUGACCCGGCAGCAAAUCAGUCGCACCGGCUGGAUCAUAUUGAUGUCAAUUUGGGUGCCAUACUGUGCGUUCCAUGUGUUUCUCUACAUUUGGGAUCGGACGGAGGUGGAUAUUAUAUCAGACAGUGAUGAAUACCAAUCCUGGCCCGGCUGGAUUGUUUUAAUUUUGCGCACCUCGUUUAUGAUGUGGUUUUUGUACGAGCUGCGCAAUACAAUGAAGUAUGAGCAUUCGAGCAAGAAGCUGGACUUUUUAUUGCACUUGGGUGCGUCCAGUUUGGUGUGGUUCAUCUACUUGCCGAUUGUCGCAAUUGUUGCGCUGCAAGUGAGUCCCAUGUGGCGCUACAAACUGCUGCAGGGCAUCACCAAUUCCGCUGAUUGCAUGGCCUACUGUGUCAUGACCGGACUGCUGUGGCCCAAUCGUGCCGGGCAAUAUCUUCUGUUAGCGGGCACCAAAUAUGCAGGCAUGGAUGAGCUGGACGAGUUCAAUGAGGCGCCACAUAUAGUGAGGGAGCGAGAGCGUCGUCUCAAUUCGCCACCGGAUGAUGUAUCGAUUGGUACAAACAGCGGUGGACGCGGCAUGGUUCUGUCCACAAGCAUACCACAUUCGCUCAAUGGCGAUUUGCUGGAGGCAGAAGAUUUGGAUGCCGAAUUACUUACGGAUCUGAACAAGAAUAGUCAUAUUGUGGCAUAGUCGGUUGUGGCGAAUCAGAGAUUACAAUUAUAUACAAAUAUAUAAUCAACGGCAACAACGGGUUAAUUACUAAGCUUAGUAGUCAAAAUGUGCUAAAAUGAAGAAACGGCAAGAAUGUUAAUCAUACUACAACACACCCAUAUACCACACAUACAUCCACAUAUAUAUAUAUAUAUAUAUAUAUAUAUAUUAUAUUUACUUACAUAUAUAAAAUAGAUAUAAUCCAUAUAGUUUUUAGCCGCCUACAACGAAGUUAGUGAGAGUGCAAAGUGCAGCAAAGAUAAAGAUUGUUGUGUGAUUUAUCUAAUAUAUGCUUAUAUUUAAAUUAGAUUUUGUUCGACGAGAUAAGUUAACUUAGAAAAGUACGCAUAGAUUGGCAAACAAAACGCUUGAGAAUUAUUUCAUUGUGGUACCCAAUAAGUUUACAAUUUUUAGAAGAUUUAAGCUCCCCCACACACACACACACACACACACAUUAUCAUUCAAAGCAAAAACAAACAAACAAAACAAAAAAGAUUUUUUGAUAAGAAUUAAACAUGAAGCAGCUGUAGUGAAGUUUAAUAUUAAGUACAAGAAAAGAAAAUUGCAUACAAAACCAAAUUCGAAGUGAAUGCGAAAUAAAUCAAAUCAAUCAUUUUUAA